UUCAUUCAUUAUCCUUUUUUAUCUCAGCGCUGCAUUUUUCAAUAAAUUAUUGUCUGAUUAAGUUUUUCGGCUAGCAAAAUGCGAAAACUCGAGUGUUAUUUUCUAAUAGUAGCAGUAUGUGCAUUUUUCACCAGUGCGAAAGCCGAUUCAGCCGUCGACGAGUAUGAUGAGAGUGGCCGCUACACCAUCGAGGGAAAAGUUUACCCUCCGGAACUAUUCCGUGGAUCUGAUUUGGCCUGGCAAAUUGACACACAAAUUUCUAUUAAUGGAGGCGAGUACAAAGGGUUUCUUAAAGAAGAUGGAUCCUUUAUUAUUAGUUCGGUCCCAUCUGGAAGUUACGUGGUAGAAAUAAUCAAUCCAGAUUACUAUUACGAGUCCGUUCGAGUUGAGAUCAAUCCGAAGGGUAAAUUUCGGGCGCGGAAGCUAAACUACGUUCAACCUUCGCAAGUCGUACAGGUGCCGUAUCCGUUGAAGCUAAAAGCACUGACAAGGUUCCGUUACUUCCAACAACGUGAACAGUGGAAGAUUACCGACUUUUUGUUUAACCCAAUGGUUCUGAUGAUGAUUCUGCCCUUAUUCAUUAUGCUGGUGCUGCCAAAAAUGAUGAGCGAUCCGGAAACGAAAAAAGAGAUGGAAAAUUUGAAUCUCUCCAAGAUGACAAACGACAUGCCAGAAAUUAGUGAAAUGAUAACAUCAUUUUUCACUGGCGGUGCCCCUUCUGCUGCAGCUAAGGACAAGGAAAAAUCAAAAUCCUCCGGAAGCAAACAAAGCAAAAAGAAGAACUAGACAGGAGGGAGCUUAAUCUAGUAGUACGAUACUUUGUUGUAUUUAUUAUAACAUGUAGAACAAUGAGCUAAUGCACGAAUAAA